GACAUAUACCUAAUUUAGACACAUUUUACGCGAAAACACGACUUUUAAUCAUACUAUGCAUUUGUGUGUUCGAAGAGAAAGUGUCACCUUGAUAAUUUGGCGAAUUGUUUUCUUUAGACCCAUGGAUAUAUAAUUAUAUUUGAAGAGUAUCUUUCAGAGGUUCAAAUGUACAUUAGAAUCACCACAACCAGUGAGAUAAAAAAAAUCAAAUGUGUGUAGUGAAAAUGACUCCAAUAAGGAUAUUGUGUCUACUUGUAUGUAUUGAACUGACACAUGGAUGCCUUCGUGUUGGUACUGGUAGCGGUGGAGGGGACACUGUGGUAGGAAGCAAUAGUGGAGACAAUGGACAAGACAGUGGUGGUGAAAGCGGAGAAUUAGGUGGUGGAACCAAUGAUGAUGGUGAUGAUAGCAAUAAUGUCGGACUUCCAGGGUGCCCGACUAUAAUUGCCAGGUCUCAAUGGGGAGCACGUUCACCAAAGAGCCAGACCGGGAUGAAAUCCACUCCAUUGUACGCUGUAAUUCACCAUGGUGCCGGGAGUCGUUGUUAUACGGAAGAUAAAUGUAAGAAGACGGUACAAGGAUACCAAAAUUAUCACAUGGAUACUCGAAAAUGGGUUGAUAUCGGUUAUAAUUUUAUUGUCGGUGAGGACGGAAACGUGUACGAGGGAAGAGGUUGGGGUAUAAGAGGUGCCCAUGCCGGAACCGUAGAUUCAAAUGAAAAAAGUCUAGGAAUAUGUGUAAUCGGAGACUUUAGCAGCACCGUCCCAAACUUGAUUGCACAGAACACCGUGAAACAGUUGAUAGCCUGUGCAGAAUCUAACAAGAAAUUGGCAUCUACAUACACUAUACGCGCUCACCGUGACUUAAAGAGCACUUCCUGUCCAGGUGAACGUUUCUACGACCUCAUCAAAACCUGGCACAGAUAUAGCGAAAGUGAUGGCAUUGACGUGGACAGUACAAAUGAUUUGAAAUUUGCUACAUGUCCAACUAUCAUUUCACGAUCAGAAUGGGAUGCACGUGCACCGAGGAGUAGGACACCGAUGAGUUCUACACCAUCGUACGUACUAAUUCAUCACGGUACUGGAGCAGGGUGUGAUACCAAGAGUGCAUGCAUCAGUAAAGUGCAGGCCUAUCAAAAACAACAUAUGGAUACUAACAAUUGGUCUGAUAUUGGUUACAAUUUUAUAGUUGGCGAGGACGGUAACGUGUACGAGGGUAGGGGGUGGGGCAUCACUGGUGCACAUGCUGGAGUCACUCUCUAUAACAAGAAUAGUUUAGGUAUUUGUGUGAUCGGGGACUUCAGCAACACUGUCCCAAACCUUGCUGCGCAGAGCGCCAUAAAACAGUUGAUUUCAUGCGCAGUGGCCAACAACAAACUAACGAGCACGUACAAACUGCGUGGACACCAGGAUGUGAGGAGUACAAAAUGUCCAGGAACAAGUUUCUACAACCUCAUCAAAACAUGGAACAGAUAUUAACUUGUGAAUUUACAGUGUUCUUUUUGGGCCAUCGUUGUUUCGGCUCUUCGGCCUAUGAUAGUACAAGAAGCGACGCUAUCAUUUAUAUUAUACUAGAUUUAUUUUUAUUCUAUUUUGUUGGUUUUAACGUCGAACCGACACAGUUAUAUGUCAUAUGGCGACUUUCCAGCUUUGGCAGUGGAGGAAGACCCCAGGUGCCCCCCUCCGUGCAUUAUUUCAUCACGAGCGGACCUUCCGUAAGCCAGCUGGAUGGCUUCCUCACAUGAAGAAUUCAACGCCCCGAGUGAGGCUCGAACCCACAUCGAUGAAGGGCAAGUGAUUUGAAGUCAGCGAACUUAACCGCGCGGCCGCGGAGGCCACCUAUACUAGAAUUAUAUAGCCAUUAUAAUAAGUAUUACUAUUGUGCGUGUCGUUUUAUCGCAGUCAUUAUGACUUCAGGUCAAAAUUACCAUACUAAAUUUUAACUUCGCGCAUUCACAUCGGGUCAUUGUGCCAUUAGGUUGAUGGGCUGGGGCUGGGAACAAUACCGGCAUUUCGUCUUCGCAUUUUAUUAUCCUACUACCGCAGGGCGAAAUUGUGAAAAAAUGAUGGCCCUGACGAAACAUCGUAUAAAAUAGUCUGAACAAUCUUUCUAUACAUUUUGAUACACGUGCACCGAGCAAAUAUUGGAUACAUAAUUCAACUAUAACAAUGUUCAACUACUUGAAUUAUUUAAUUUAAUAGUGUCAUUAACACUUACUCAAAGCGAAAUUUCAUUUUUAUAAUAAUA